GGUUUGAAUCUCCCGGUACAUGACUUUGCAGGUUUAUUGCCCUCCAGUUGAUCAAGUAAUCAUGAAUGAGGAAGUUGAAAUUUUAGUAUGACAAUCAUAAUUACUUUGAUAAUAAAAAAUGAUUUUAUUUCAAUACAUUUCAAAACUAUUAUAUUAUACAGUUGACAUUUAGAUAAAACAUCAUCAAAAUCAAUUUAACACUUGACUCAAGUAUUGUAUUCAUCUCUAGAAAAGGUAGCCAUCUUAAGUUUCUCAACAGAAGGUCUCGUUGAUAGCGGUUUUCAUUGUCUGUUUUUAGGAUAAUUUAACACAUCUUUAUAUUAUGGCAUUAAAGCGAAUUAAUAAGGAGCUUCAGGACCUAGGCAGAGACCCACCUGCACAAUGCUCCGCUGGACCAGUUGGGGACGAUUUAUUUCACUGGCAGGCUACCAUAAUGGGUCCGCCUGAUAGUCCAUAUCAAGGUGGUGUAUUUUUUUUAACAAUUCAUUUCCCGACAGAUUAUCCAUUCAAACCUCCAAAGGUGGCAUUCACAACAAGAAUAUAUCAUCCGAACAUAAAUAGUAAUGGUAGCAUUUGCCUUGACAUAUUGAGAUCGCAGUGGUCACCUGCACUAACAAUUUCAAAAGUUCUGCUGUCGAUCUGUUCUUUAUUGUGUGAUCCGAACCCAGACGACCCGUUGGUGCCGGAAAUUGCCAGGAUAUACAAGACAGACAGAGAAAAGUACAACGAUUUGGCUCGCGAGUGGACUCGCAAGUAUGCCAUGUGAUGAGCCAACCCAGCUGCUCAACCCGCCCGCCACAUGACACGCCCUCAAUACAUACACGAUUUGUUCAUUUUAUUUUAGUACAAUAAAAAAAUUGCCCUUUUUGGAUGUGGAUUAAAUGAAAGCACUAAUAACAGCCAAACGUAUUCUUACGUACAUUUCAUUAAAAAGGAGAGAUCAAGAGAAGUGCAUGACAGACAUGUUUGAUGUCACUUUCGGGCUUCAACAACAAUUUUGUACACUUCACUUUGAAGCUUUUGAACACGAUUAUUCCUCUCUUCAAAGAUGGAUGUUAUUUCUUGAAGCCGAGUAAAAGCAAGGUAGUCUGAACAAUAUUCAUAUUUUUAUCUGGAGCUGUGUAGUGAUGUAUAUGAUUUAGUUUGUGAUCAAUGUCUCUCUAGAAGAUUCUCUUGAGUUUUUCAUUGUAAUGGAAUUUAAUAUUGUAAUUGAGCAGUGAGAUGUCUGUUGAGUGGUUGUCUUGUUGUUGGGUUUGGAUCCCUGUCAACAUCAAGGGCUUUCUAGAGUUGGAAAUCUGCUCAGAAGAAAUGAAAUAUACUUACAUCUUCUGACGCAUUGUUAUCUAACUCUUGUAAUAUAAAUAAGUGGAAAAUAUUCUGGAAUAGGUAAAUUUACGGCAUAAAAUUGAGAUUAUCCUAAGCUAAACGUUUUAUAUGAUUACAUUUUUUAAAGUUUUCACAAAUCUUCAUUAUGCUUUUUCUUAAUAUAUAAGAGAAACUGCAUAAUUUUAUUACCGAAGCUGGAUUAGAACUCCAUUAUAAGAUAAGGGGUAAAAGUAUUUGUUUUUCAUUCUAAAUGAAUAAUUUAAAAUGACUUGAUUCCCCAACUGUCACAUUUCAGAAGUAUAGCCUAUUAAAUUGAAACAAUGUUUCUAUGACCGGUUGCUCUAACGUCAAUUAGAGUUUGAUCUUUGAUCACUGGUUUCAAUGAUCAUUGUUCGAAGAUCAAACUGUCAUCGACAGCAAUCGGCUGCUAAUAUUAAGUCAAGUAAAACUUGAUAGUUUCCAAAACUGUUAAUAUAUUGUACUCAACCAUUUUUGUUGGAGAAAGACUGGAGUUUCAUUCUUUAUCCAAGUAAGUGCUAAAUUUGAAGGUACAUGACUUUUUUCGUAAUCUGAGGUUUUGAAGACAUUAACCUUGAAGAAGGUAGAUUCAAGGUAGUUUCUUCGUGUCAUGAUCAAAUUAAUUCAGAGCAAUUUUCAAAAUCAGUCACGAUGAAGUUAACAAUUUGCUGAAACGUUUCUUCAUUACGUCUACAGUACUAAUGUAUUCUAGCAUUGUGGAAAAUCCGUUCAAAAUUUGUAAAAACUAUUUUAAAAUAAAAUUAAUAUUUAUUUGUCAUACAGUCUACUAUUUGUUUUAAUUAUCUCUGUAAAUAGCCGUUUAACUGUCGUGUGUAAUUUACAAUUCGAUGAGUAUAAUCAUGUAGAAUGAUAAUAAAUUUAUUGAAUAAAUUCUUA